GAGCCAUAAAGGAAUCACUCUUGUGUGCAGAAGCUGCUCUGCACUUUGCUAUGGCAGCCGUGGCGGGACUUGGGAGCACAGUCUCCUUCUCCUCCAGCUCUUACUGUUGGACAACCCUGAUCUGGGCCCUGUUGACCUUUUGGAGCCCGGCCUGCGGCUUUAACCUGGAUACCACUCACACACUGCACAAACUGGGAGAGGGAACCUUUUUUGGGUUCUCUCUUGCCCUUCACCAGCAGCUUACCCCAGAACCUCAGAGCUGGAUCCUAGUUGGGGCGCCACAGGCAGCGGGGCAGGGUUCAUUGCAGGGCAGUCGGCCAGGAGCCCUGUUUAGGUGUCCAAUCACGCCAGAGGAGUAUGACUGUGAAAGGGUGGACAUCGAUGGAGAAGUGAGUCUUGACAGAGAGAGCAAAGACAACCAGUGGUUGGGCGUUACAGUCAAGAGCCAGGGGAUUGGAGGGAAGGUGGUGACCUGCGCUCACCUGUAUGAGCUCAGGCAACGAGUACAUCAACCGUCUGAGACACGUGACCCCAUCGGACGCUGCUACGUCCUGAGCGAGGACCUGACAGAGCGAGAUGACCUGGACGGGGGAGAAUGGAAGUUCUGCGAGGGUCGGCCGCAGGGACAUGAGCAAUUUGGCUUCUGUCAGCAGGGCCUGUCUGUCAGUUUUACCCCGGACAACAACUUCAUUCUGUUUGGAGCUCCAGGAACAUACAACUGGAAAGGUGAGCUGCGCGUCCAGCUGCUAAACCAGACCCUGCUGGAUCUGGGUUUGUACGAUGACGGCCCCUACGAGGUGGCAGAUCAGAAACAACUCAAUGCCCAGCUGAUUCCUGUGCCCUCCCACAGUUACCUGGGGUUCUCCGUGGAUUCCGCCAUGGGGAUCAUGAGCCUUGGGAUGCUGACGUUUGUGGCAGGUGCUCCAAGGGCCAACCAUACAGGUGCGGUGGUGCUCCUGCGGAAGGACAAUGUAUACCGACUGGUGCCAGAGCAUAUUUUUUGGGGCGAGGAGUUAGCAUCUUCAUUUGGAUACUCUGUAGCCACUACGGAUCUCAACAGGGAUGGCUGGACAGACCUGAUUGUGGGCGCUCCCAAUUUUUUUGACCGUAAAGCAGAGAUCGGUGGAGCCGUGUAUGUGUACCUGAACCCUUUUGGUCACUGGGACGAUCAGGCCAGGCCCAUCCGUCUCAACGGGACCUACGAUUCUAUGUUUGGAAUGACUGUCAGCAGUGUAGGAGAUCUGGACCAGGAUGGAUAUGGAGACGUUGCGGUGGGAGCGCCUUUUGAUGGAGAUGGAAAAGUUUUCAUCUACAGAGGUUCAGACGCUGGAAUUGAAACCAAACCUGCUCAGGUGCUGGAUGGUCGGGACCUUGAUGUCAAACGUUUUGGAUACUCCAUCUCAGGAGGUUUGGAUGUUGAUAAUAACCAUUACCCGGACAUGGCAGUUGGCUCCCUUAAUGACUCAGUGGUUCUUUUCCGAUCUCGUCCUGUCAUCCAUGUGAUCAGAGACGUGACUAUUGACCCUCCCAACAUUGAUCUGGAGCAGUCCAGCUGUAAGGGCAGAGAUGGAGUUUGUGUGGAGGUCAAUGCGUGUUUCAUGUUUGCGGCCUACCCUGACCACUACUCACCACAUAUCACUUUAGUGGUGCACAUUGAAGCUGACACUGAGCGCAGAAAAUUGGGCCUCGGGCAUCGGGUUGAGUUCUUGGCCCGAAGUUCCCUUGAGCCAGAGUAUACUCAGACAGAGGAAGUGAGGCUGCAUCGCCAGCGCCACCCAGCGUGCACCACUGCUGUCUUCCAGCUCCAUGAAAACAUUCGUGACAAACUGCGGCCCAUUUCAUUGGUGAUAACUCACACGAUCAAACCUGUUCCGCCGCGCAGAGCAUCAGGUGCAAACAGGCUGGAGAAACUGCCGCCUAUACUGAAUGUUUCUCCCUCAAAUACGCUCCACUCAGAGGUUAAUUUCCUCCGAGAAGGAUGUGGCAAUGACAAAAUCUGCCAGAGCAACCUGAAGCUGAGCUACCAGUUUGGAACACGACCCUUGACCUCUGACCUCUUCACACCUCUGCCAAAAGAUGAGGAUGAUGUGCAGGUGUUCUCGCUGUCCGACCAGCGGCUGGUGGUGUUGGAGAUCACUGUCACCAACAUGCCCUCUGACCCUCUGCGCCCUGACGAGGAUGGCGAUGAUGCCCAUGCUGCUCAGUUGCUCAUUUCGCUUCCAAACACUUUGUCGUACGCCGGCUCCAGGAUCUCACCACAGGAUAGAAUGAGAUGCCAAGCAAACCAGAAUGGUUCCCAGGUGGAAUGUGAUCUUGGAAACCCUGUCAAAAGAAAUAUUACGUUGAAGUUCUCCAUCAACCUGAGCACAUCCAACAUCACCAUAGAAACCACUGAGCUGACAGCAGAUCUCUUACUGUCAACUAUCAGCGAGCAGCCAGAUCUGAACCCAGUCACAGCUUUUGCAAAAGUAGUGAUAGAGCUCCCUCUGUCUGUCAGUGGACGUGCACAUCCUCACCAGCUGUUCUUCAGCGGCUCUGUCAGAGGAGAGAGUGCUAUGACCAGUCUGGAGGACAUCGGCAGCCCUGUGGAUUUUGAAUUUGUGGUGGCUAAUCCAGGUAAAGCUCUUCAGACACUUGGAUCUGCUUUCCUCAACAUCAUGUGGCCGCAUGAGCUGGCCAAUGGGAAGUGGCUCCUGUAUCCUGUGGACCUGAAGUUUGAGGGUCACUCGAACACACACUGCACCCACACAGGGGCUCUGAAUCCUCUGGAGCUGCACCGUGCCUCUCCACAAGAAAACCUACUACAACCAGACGGUGACAGGGUUAGGAGAACACGCCGCUCCCAUCCAGAGGAAGAAGGUCAAGAAAUGACAAAAGACAGCGUGGGAAGAACAACUCCAGCAGUGUCAGCUUCUGAGAGGCGCAAGUCACUCAAAUUGGACUGUCUCUUGGGGUCUGCACGCUGUGUUCUGUUCCAGUGUCCCCUCCACAGCUUCUCUGGUCAGGCUGUCCUCAAGAUCCACGGCAGGCUGUGGAACAGCAGCUUUUUAGAGGACUUCCCAGCAGUCGGUGCUCUGGAGUUGCUGGUCAGAGCCAAUGUGACGGUGAAGUCAAGCAUCAAGCAUCUCGUCCUCAGAGAUGCUGCUGCUCAGGUUCCACUGAUGAUCUAUCCUGAACCUGGUCUUGUUAGUGAGUACUGGAUCCCGUGGUGGAUCAUCCUCAUAGCCAUCCUGGCAGGAAUCCUUCUGCUGACGUUGUUAGUUUUCAUCCUGUGGAAGUGUGGCUUCUUCCAGCGUUCUCAGUACAAAGACAAAUUGCCGCAGUAUCAUGCGGUGAAGAUUCCUCGCGAGGAUCGGUCACAGUUUCAGACUGAGAAGUCAGCAGUUGUCCAGAAAAAGGAAUGGGCCACACACUGGAGCGAUGGGACCUCCUAACGUGAAGCACUGACUGUCUGAAUUCAAAUCACCACGUGUGGCACUCAUUCUAUCAUUGCAUUGGAACUAACUGGCUGAAAAGUGCACAAAGACUGAUUUUUGCGCACCUUGUCAGAACCUGCAUACUGUUGGACAUGGACUGGCUCUAUAUUUUCCAAAACUGUUGCCUACUGAUGGCUGGCCCUGGAUAGUCUAUUCAUGCACAGCACCUGCAUUGGUUUUUCAUAGUACACGCUGUUGGGUGACAGACGCACCGGUGCCGGUCGAGCUGCUCAAUAUGAUUUUCAGCCUGCAGAAGAGCACUGAUGCUCUCAUGGACCUUCACUGUGGUACAGAGAGAUUGAACAAAGACAUGCAUGAAUGCACAAACAUAUGGCAGACACAAACACUGAACUCUGUUCAGUUCAAUUCAAUUUAUUUAAACAGCAUUAAAUCAGAACAGAAGUUGCCCCAAGGCAUGUGGGGUCUGUUCUUACUCUACUGAUGAAAAACCCACUGCCCAUGACAAAGACUACUUUAUGCCUUAACUACUGUAAGACUGGUGACUUGUAUGGGCAACGGGGAGAAAAAAAAACAA